CUUUUGUUCCAUAACAUAAUAUGUAGCCACAUGAAACCAUCUGCUGGCACAACUCGAUACCAGAAACGCAAUUGCGACCUGGCUGGUUCAUCUUAACGAAGCCGUUUCCUUGCUGUGCAAUCUCGCCUCUAUGUCUGUCAUACGGGGAGCCUGGAGUCGACAGCCAACAUCAUAUUAUACUCGCCAAAUCAGCUCAUCUCGUUUCUUUACCACAAAUCACAGUUGGCUCCAGUCUGUGGGCACAAAACCAGCAUUUAAUCCAUCUUCUCAGCAACUGAAGAUCGCAAAACUCUGUGCUGAUCAGAAUGUCGUGGUAUCAGCAAGAACUGGAUCGGGCAAAACUGCCACCAUAGAAGCUAUAGCGGCUGCCCACCCUGACAAAAGGAUUGGCAGCAUCCUCUUCUCAAAGAGACUUCAGAGUGAAACAUCUCGUCGUCUCAACAAGUAUCGCAAUAGCGACGUAUACACUUUUCAUGGCAUGGCGGGUGUCCUCCUUGGAAGAGUCGUUCCGAGCGACGAAGCACUCAUCAAGCUCUUGGAGAACAUUGAUAAGUGCGGCAAACUUCCACGAUGGUCCUCGACACCUUUCGACAUUAUUGUACUGGACGAGUUUCAGGACUGUAAUCCGGAAACCUUCUGGCUAGUCGAGUGCUUUGUCCGAGCCAAUGACCUCAGGAAAGGAGGCCAACCUGCGCGCAUAGUCGUCCUCGGCGACGAGCGCCAAUCGAUAUACCGCUUUCGCGGUGCUGACCCUCGCUAUCUGACUCUGGCUCCUGAGGUUCAGUUAGGCAACAGUUUCAGGCUGUCCUCAUCGACUGUCCAGUUCAUUAACCGUGUCUUCCUCGGCGGAGAGCAGUAUAUCUCCAGCUCGAAGCGUGGUCCAAAGCCCAUUGUCCUGAGAUGCAACCUUUGGGACAGUUUGGCAUUGGCUAGAGCGAUUUUCCCUCUGGUAAAACGUUACAAGCCUGAGAACUGCGUGAUAAUAGCACCCUCCACCCGUACGAGAGGACCGUUGCCAGAACUUACAAAUGCAUUGGCUCAGGUCUAUAAUUUGCCGAUAGCUGUGCCGACUGACGACGAAACAGCUCUCAACGACCAGGUGAUCAACGGAAAAUUGUGCAUCUCUACGAUACAUCAGUUCAAGGGUCGAGAGCGUAAACUUGUCAUUCUUCUUGGCAUCGAUGCCUCCUAUUUCGAGUUCUUCGGCCGCGAUUUGCCAGAUGACAGCUGUCCCAACGAAGCUUUUGUGGCUCUAACGCGCUCUCUGGAACAACUCGUAUUGGUCCACAACGACAAGAGUAAGAUGAUGCCUUGUGUAUCCCUCGAUUCUCUGUACGACACCGCCAAGAUAGUCAAUUUGACAAAGAGACGAACAAAUAUUCCGCCACCCGAUUUACCUGGGCGCCCUCUGGAGUUGGGACUUAUGCUUCCAAGAUCUUGUGGAGCCCGUGAAAUAACGCGGUAUGUCCAGGGCGAUGCUCUUGAUAAAGCUGUCGAGCGCCAUCUUCAUGUAGACAGACUAGCGCCUUCUCUCCCUCGCCAUGAGCACAUCAAUAUACGGAAUGUGGUGCCCUCGAAUCUAGAAAAGGGGUUCUAUGAGUCUGUUAGCGACAUCAAUGGCCUUGUUAUUGCCGCAGCUCUGGAACUAGAAACAGCUGGAACAUUGAGGUCACUGGGACUACUAAGCAAAGAAGAGCUUGAUAAAACCUUACCAAAAUGCCCUGAGAAGCUUGUCCCUUGGCUUUGCCGGAAAGCUUGCGAAUAUGAGGGCAGUCUCUCUGGCUAUCUACCGCGCGUAAUUCAGAUGAAAGACCACAAGUAUGACUGGAUUAAGCCUGAAGAUCUCAGCCUUGCUCGGCGUCGACUUGAUAGUGAGCUGGCGGAUUCUGCCCAAAAGCUGGAUUUUGAAGUUGAGAUGCAGCAGCAAUUCUAUAUCGAUGACCAAGAAACUCAACUCUGUAGUCGAGCAGAUAUUGUGCACAAUUCUGCAACCGAGAGUAAUGAUGACAUGGAUAAUCGAACGAUAUGGGAGAUCAAGUUCGUCUCAAGCCUUUCCAACGAACACAUCAUACAGGCUUGCGUUUAUGCCUGUUUGCCAGGCUCAGAUUCUGGAAAGAUACCACGCAUCAUGCUAUACAAUGUGCGAGAUGGGGACAAACGCCAGAUCACACCACGUAAUGGAAGAGAGGGGUUGAGACAACUGAUCACAAGUGUCCUUAGACUUAGAUAUACGUCUAAAGGAGAGAUGACAUACGAAGAAUUUAUCAAACGGUGUGGCCAGACAACGCGGAAAGUGAUAAAUCUCAAUGAUGGGUCAUAG